CUCUAGGCCCUGCGCUCAGUGGCAGACACCGCAGCUCCGCGUUCCCCCCACGCCUCCUCCCGGAGCAGGUGGGUCCGCCCGCAGCGGGGCGGGAGUGCGCGGAGCCGCGGGGCGGCCGGGGAGCCGCAGCCUCCGCGCGGGAGCGGGUCUUUCGCCUUAGUGACCCCCCUCGGCUGGAGCCCAGCGGGCCCGGCAGUGGACAAGGCCGGACCAGGUUUCCCGGGCUUCCACUGGACCCCUCCCGGGUUGUGCACCCCGAGCCGGCACUAUGCACGGGCGCCUGAAGGUGAAGACCUCGGAAGAGCAGGCAGAGGCCAAAAGGCUGGAGCGGGAGCAGAAGCUGAAACUGUACCAGUCAGCCACCCAGGCCGUCUUCCAGAAGCGCCAGGCUGGGGAGUUGGACGAAUCAGUGCUGGAACUGACAAGCCAGAUCCUGGGAGCCAAUCCUGACUUUGCCACCCUCUGGAACUGCCGGCGGGAGGUGCUCCAGCGGCUGGAGACUGAGAAGUCCCCCGAGGAGUUGGAUGCUCUGGUGAAAGCAGAACUGGGCUUCCUAGAAAGCUGCCUUCGGGUGAACCCCAAGUCCUAUGGCACCUGGCACCACCGCUGCUGGCUACUGGGCCGCCUGCCGGAGCCCAACUGGGCCCGGGAGCUGGAGCUGUGUGCCCGCUUCCUCGAGGUUGAUGAACGAAACUUUCACUGCUGGGACUACCGGCGCUUCGUGGCAGCACAGGCCGCCGUGCCCCCUGGGGAGGAGCUUGCCUUCACCGACAGCCUCAUCACCCGCAACUUCUCCAACUACUCCUCCUGGCAUUAUCGCUCCUGCCUCCUGCCCCAGUUGCACCCCGAGCCAGACUCUGGAGCCCAGGGUCGCCUCCCUGAGGACGUACUGCUCAGAGAGCUGGAGCUGGUGCAGAACGCCUUCUUCACCGACCCCAAUGAUCAGAGUGCCUGGUUCUACCACCGCUGGCUCCUGGGCCGAGCGGACCCCCCGGACGCCCUGCACUGCCUGCACGUGAGCCGGGACGACGCCUGUCUGACGGUGUCCUUCUCACGGCCCCUCCUGGUGGGCCCUGGGACAGAGACCUUGCUGGUCAUGGUUGAUGGGGCGCCCCUGGCUGUCGAGUGGAGGACCCCGGAUGGCAAGAAGCGGCCCUGCUACGUCUGGCUCUGUGAUCUGCCUGCGGCCUCCUUCGAUGACCAGUUGUCCCAGCAAACAUUUCGUGUCGUGUGGAUGGCUGUCGAUGCCCAGAAGGAGUGUGUGCUGAUGAAAGGCCGCCCAGAGGCCUGGUGCCGAGACUCAGCCACGGAUGAGCAGCUCUUCAGGUGUGAACUGUCAGUGGAGAAGUCCACGGUGCUGCAGUCUGAACUGGAAUCCUGUAAGGAGCUGCAGGAACUGGAGCCUGAGAAUAAGUGGUGCCUGCUGACCAUCAUUCUGCUGAUGCGGGCACUGGACCCCUUGCUGUAUGAGAAGGAGACGCUGCAGUACUUCCAGACCCUCAAGGCCGUGGACCCAAUGCGGGCAGCGUACAUGGACGACCUGCGCAGCAAGUUCCUGGUGGAGAACAGCGUGCUGAAGAUGGAGUAUGCCGACGCGCGUGUGCUCUACCUGGGCGGCAAGGACCUGACAGCGCUCUGCCACCUGGAACAGCUGCUCCUGGUCACUCACCUGGACCUGUCGCACAAUCGGCUCCGCUCCCUGCCCCCUGCCCUGGCAGCCCUGCGCUGCCUGGAGGUGCUGCAAGCCAGUGACAACGCCAUUGAGGCCCUGGAUGGUGUCACCAACCUGCCCCGACUGCAGGAACUUGCACUGAGCAACAACCGCCUCCAGCAGCCUGCAGCACUGCAGCCCCUGGCCUCCUGCCCCCGGCUGGCCCUCCUGGAUGUGCAGGGUAACCCGCUGUGCCAGGCCGAGGGCGCCCAGGAGUGCCUGGCCGAGCUGCUGCCUUCAGUCAGCAGCAUCCUGACCUAGGAGACCCCACCCCGGCCUCACCCUCUAACUUAUUUGGUACCAAAUAAACAGUGGAUGCUUC